AUGAGAUUUAACUUGGUUGCUUUGAUACUUCUUGUUCUCUUUGUCUUUUCUAAUGCUCACUUAAGAAUGGCUGAAGAAACUCAAGCUUAAACUGAAACUCAACCCUAAGCAGAAGCUGAAACCUAAACUGAAGGUAAAGUUGAACCUCUUAUGUGCUAAAGACAAGGUCAAUUGUGCGGUAUUGGUUUACCCUCUUGCUGCUCUGGUUUAUGCUGCAACUACUCUUUUGGUUGCCAAAGAUGUUGA